UGGAACCUCCAAAGAAAUGAAGGAAAAACAGCAGAGCAAUAAGAAAAAAAAACAUCUUUAAAGAGGAAGAAGAAGAAGAAACAGGGUUCAUAAUUCAAUUCAGAAUACACCAUUAGAAAACCCUUUCUUCCUUUCUCUCUGUUUUCUAGACAGACAUCUCUGCAAAUUUUGUAUAGAAAAUAUAUAUUUUUUACUUUUUUUCAUUUUCUUAGAUUAUUAUCAAGAAAGAUGGGAACAGAGAUUUUAAGACCUCAAGAUUGUUUGAUGAGAGUACCAUCAUCCACAGCAUCAAUUGUCAUACCUCGUAGUAGAAAACCAUCGUCUAAUUCUUAUUAUUAUUCUUCAAAUCCUAACCCAAAGUUUUACAGGAAAACAGAACAGAGGAAACAACCCCAACAACAACACCACAGAUAUUUUUCUCAAUCUGAAACAUCUGUGGUUAAAAAUGGGGUUCGAUCAUCAUCAUCAUCGCCAAAACUAACUCCAUCAACAUCACCUGCAACAACAACAGGAAAAUCUGUUGUUAAAAAUGAAUUAACAGCCUCUGUGACUAUAUUGAAAAGAGGUGAAUCUUUAGAUAAUAUUAACAGUAAGAAAAAAACAGAGAAAUUGAAAAUCAAAAGGUCAGUUUCUGGAGAUUUGAGCAGUGGGUUUUCUUCAUCUUCUUCUUCAUCAUCAGGAUCAGAAUCUUCAUCAGAUUCAGAAAGAGGGGUAGUUAGAUCAGAAGUUUAUGCUGGUAAUGCUUUUUAUUUAUCUCCUGCACCUAGUUCAUUACCAUUACCAACUUUUUUUUCAAUUAAGAAGGAAGGUGGUUGUGGUGCUUCAGCAAUUAUUGAUGAUUCAGCCACUAAGGAUUUGAGACGUCUUCUUCGUCUUGAUUAAAAUCAUCAAAAAAAUGAACUAAAAUUCUAUGAUUAGAUGAUCUAGAUCAUGGUCAAACAUUUAAUCUGGUUUUUUCUUUUGAAUUUAAUGUGUCUGAAUUUUCCAUGAUUUUUUUAAGUGGAAAAUAAAAGAUGCAAGAUUCAAAGAAAAUUUAUCUUUUAUGUUUAUAAUCUGCUAAGUAAAUUUGGAGGAACAACAUCUGGGAUUUUCAUAGAAAUUUCAUCAAGGAAAAUUUUGAGAAAGAAAGGAUGAAUUUUUCUUAGUUACUGACGAUGUUGAAGAUGGAAGAAAGAUGAUGGAAAAUAUGUAAUUGAUGGAGUAAUUAUUAAAUGGAAUUAAGGGGCUUAAAUUCUGUAAUUCUGCUCUGUUAUCUUAUUAUUAUUAUAGGGUUUACUUAUGGUACUGUAAUUUUGUUUCUUCCCUAAAGUGUUAAGGGGUUAAAGUUUAAGAUCAGAAAGAAAUCAGGGAAGAUGAAGGGGAUGAUGAUGAUGGUCUUGUAUCUCUGUUUUUUUGCCCUACACAUGUAUUAUUAUUAAGUGGUAAUUAGUUGAUAAUAAAAUCUUAUUUAUAUUA